CUGAAAUGUUCAAAAGUAACACAUCAACACUGAGGAGACACCAACUGCUUCCACAGACAUAAACAUGGCUGAUCAGCUGAGGAUUCUACUCUGGGGAAAGACUGGCGUAGGGAAGAGUGCUUCAGGGAACACCAUCCUCGGGAAAAACGAAUUCUCAACUGAUUUGUCGUCUGCAUCCAAGACCAUGGAAUGCAAAAUGAUAAACGGAAAGCGUGAUGGAAAGGAUCUGGUUGUUGUCGACACUCCGGGUCUGAUGAACACCGGCAAAUCUAAGCGUGAGGUGAUGGAAGCAGUCCUGUCCGCCAUCAAGAUGGUCCAUCCUGGGCCUCACGUGUUCCUGUAUGUCCUGAAGCCAAACCCCUUGUCACGACAAGAUCUGAAGAUCCUGGAGGCCUUCAAGAACGCCUUUGAAGGUGUGUUGCGCCACACCAUCUUCCUGUUCACCCAUGGGGGUGAUGGGCACGAAGUCGAGGGUCUCAUCAGAGAUCCUCCUCUAAGGUUCAUCGCGGAGGAAAAGAUACCGUACCACGUCUUCGACAACAACCAAGACGAUAGCCAGGCUGACGAUCUCCUGAAGAAGAUCACUGACCUGGUGGAGAAAAACAAAGGAGAGCAUUACAGCAACGAAGGCUUCAAGAAGGCUGCAGACGCCUUUGAAGAAAUGAUCCAACCUGCUUUGGCCACCAAUCCACCACCGGACAUUCUCAACCUAUGUCUUGAUAAGUUGGAGGAAUUAGCUCCAGGUCUGCCCCAAGUGAGAAAAUUCCUUCUUUAUGUGCAGGAAGCAGCACAAAAAUUAAUCGAAUGAAAACAUCAGACACAGCCAUUAAAUGGGUUGUUGUAUGAUCAAGGAAUCAUCUUUUAAAUGAAUUAAAUGUAUCACUGAGAACAAUCAACCGCAUUGAAAAGAUUUUUUCCACGAGUUUAUUGUUGUUUCUGCAGAUUUUCCCAGUUUUGUUAAAUUACAGACAAUAAGGAGUAAAAUCUCAUGUUGACUGUGAAUCAUGGAUCUUUGAACUUAUAAAAUUUACUGUUGAAGUUUGUGAACUAAUGAAACUCAUUAAUGAUCUUGUCGAUGAUAAAUAAAGAAAUUCCACUUCA